GCACUGAAACUCGGCCGCAAUGUGGCGCUGCGGUUCCCCGAGCCCGGCGCCAUGUUUGUGGUUGUGCCGCAGCAGCCGACGCAUGCUUGCAGCUGUGUUCCGUAAGUGUUGUGUGGUGUUCCCUAGCAUUUAGGUUUCUCGUGUGUUGCAUGUGGCGUUGGUUGUUUGCAAUACUGCUGCGUUGGAAGCUUCCUCUACGGAUACACGCUGUAAAGACUUGGAAAAGUGCCCACACCGGAGCACGUUGUUGCGCGCCGAGCCGCAAUGGUGAACUGCGCCGUCUACGGUUGUUCCAACCGGUCAAAAAACAAACCCAACGAUGAGAACUUUCAACCGCUGGGCUUCUAUGUCGUGCCCAAAGUCAAAGAAGGACAGUGUCUUAGGACAGCUGAGCUGUCUUCAAGGCGCAGAGCUCUGUGGCUGAGCAGAAUUCGUCGCAAAGACCUGGACGAAUUGGCGACGCAUUACCGAGUUUGCGGGGCGCAUUUCAUCACAGGACGACCAGCUUAUUUGAUGGAUGAGGCUAAUCCCGACUGGGCGCCGAGCCUCAAUCUCGGCUACAAGUCCACGACGCACGCUGGAAGAAGCGCAAGCGACAGGUAUAUGCGACUCAAGCAACGAAGGCGCGCGAGUUCUGCAGCCAACGCCUUUGAAUUAAGGCAGCGACCGGAGAGCGCGAGCACGAACGCGGCGCCCAUCGCUGCAGGAACGGCGGCCGAGGAGAUUUCUUUCAGUGACGAAGAAUCCCCCUCAUCAGAACAAACUGCAAUGCAACACCUUGUAGGCCAUGCAUCUCCCGAGGAGCCUUCAUGCUUGGAAUGUCCAGUUCUACAAGAAAAUCUAGCCACAGCUCAGUGCCACCUGCAAGCGUAUCUGCAGAAUAACCAAGCUUCUGCAUGCAUGAUAGACAAAGAGGUGACAGCUGACCUGCUGUCAGCCCACAUCUCUUCACUGGAGGAAGAAAACCACCGCCUUCAGCAUGACCUGGAUAUUGCACGCAGUCGCCUGGCAAAGGCAGCCCCUGGAGACAGGGAUGUGCUCCGCAGCAACCCAGACAUGGUUGUUUUUUACACAGGGCUGCCAAAUUAUGCAGUUUUGGAGGCUGUUUACAUCUUAGUUGAGCCUCAUAACUGCAGUUGA